UACCGGUAGGAUUCCGGACGCCAGGAAGAAGAACAGAGUGUGCGCCUCGCGAUAAAGGAAACGACAAAGUUCAUUCAUUCAUUCAACGGUUUGACGAAACUACAGUGUUUACCAACCACCACAUGUCAGCUCGCUCACACAGGUGUACGUGUGCAAGUUUGUCACAGUAGCUGGAACAAUUGUGUGUGCACAACCAACUCCAGCUGUGUGUGUGUGUGUGUGUGUGUGUGAGCGUGAGUGAGUGUGUGUGUGUGUGUUUAUGUGUGUGAAGAGCCUGUGUGAACCAUGUCAGUGUCAGUCAUCAUAAAGUGGGGAGGUCAGGAGUACUCCAUCAGCUCUCUGUCUGAGGAGGACACGGUGAUGGAUCUGAAACAGUCCAUCAAGACUCUGACGGGGGUGCUGCCAGAGAGACAGAAACUACUGGGACUCAAGGUCAAAGGUAAACCUGCAGAGGAUGAGAUGAAGCUUGGCUCUCUGAAGCUGAAGCCUAACACCAAGAUCAUGAUGAUGGGUACCAGAGAGGAGAGUCUGGAAGACGUUUUAGCCCCUCCCCCAGAGAACGAUGAUGUGGUCAAUGAUUUUGACAUCGAGGAGGAGGUCAUUGAAGUGGAGAACAGAGAGGAGAACUUGGCUAAGAUUGCCCGCAGAGUGAAAGACUAUAAGGUGGAGGAGAUGAACCCUCCCAGAGAAGGAAAGAGGCUUCUGGUACUGGAUGUGGAUUACACGCUGUUUGAUCACAAGUCAUGUGCAGAGACGGGUCAUGAGCUGAUGAGGCCAUACCUUCACGAGUUCCUGACGUCAGCCUACGAGGACUACGAUAUCGUCAUUUGGUCCGCAACAAGUAUGAAGUGGAUUGAUGCCAAAAUGAAAGAAAACCAAAGAUAA